UGCCACCCCCGGAGCCCACAGCGCCCGCCUGCCCGCGGCCACACAGGAGCUCGUCCAGCCCCAAGCUCCGCUCGCACGCCCGCCCGCGCCCGCGCCCGCGCCCGCCCCGCGGCUCCACGGCCCGGUCUUAGGUCAGCCCCGAAACUCAGAAGGCAAAGACAAGUUCUUCUACGAUGUCGUACAGACGAGAACUAGAGAAAUACCGCGACCUGGAUGAAGAUGAAAUCCUCGGAGCCCUGACAGAGGAAGAGCUCAGGACUCUGGAAAACGAGCUGGACGAGCUGGACCCUGACAAUGCACUGCUGCCUGCAGGCCUGAGGCAGAAGGAUCAGACCACCAAGGCCCCCACGGGCCCCUUUAAAAGGGAGGAGCUCUUGGAUCACUUGGAAAAGCAAGCAAAGGAGUUUAAGGACCGAGAAGAUCUGGUCCCCUACACAGGGGAAAAGCGAGGCAAGGUCUGGGUCCCCAAGCAGAAGCCGAUGGAUCCUGUACUGGAGAGCGUGACACUGGAGCCGGAGCUGGAGGAGGCCUUGGCGAACGCCUCGGAUGCCGAACUCUGCGACAUCGCAGCUAUCCUGGGCAUGCACACGCUCAUGAGCAACCAGCAAUACUAUCAGGCCUUGGGCAGCAGCUCCAUCGUGAACAAGGAGGGACUCAACAGUGUGAUCAAACCAACCCAGUACAAGCCCGUGCCCGACGAAGAGCCCAACUCGACAGAUGUGGAGGAAACGCUAGAGCGGAUAAAGAGGAACGACCCGGAACUCGAAGAGGUCAACCUCAACAACAUCCGGAAUAUCCCCAUACCCACCCUCAAGGCAUAUGCAGAAGCUCUGAAAGACAACUCGUAUGUGAAGAAGUUCAGUAUCGUGGGGACACGCAGCAAUGACCCCGUGGCAUUUGCGCUUGCUGAGAUGCUCAAGGAGAACAAGGUGUUGAAGACACUGAACGUGGAGUCCAACUUCAUUUCCGGAGCCGGGAUCCUGCGUCUGGUGGAAGCCCUCCCGCACAACACUUCUCUGGUGGAGCUGAAAAUCGAUAACCAGAGCCAGCCCCUGGGCAACAAGGUGGAAAUGGAGAUCGUGAGCAUGCUGGAAAAAAACACGACACUUCUGAAAUUCGGCUACCACUUCACCCAGCAGGGGCCCCGGCUGCGGGCGUCCAACGCCAUGAUGAACAACAACGACCUCGUGAGGAAGAGGAGGCUGGCGGACUUGACCGGGCCCAUCAUUCCCAAGUGCCGGAGUGGAGUCUAGGGCGUGCCGGUGACGGGCCUGCCUUCGAACUGGACGUGCUCUGCUGAUACUCUGCGCUCCGCCGCGGGAAUCGGAGGGCAGAGUGCCGGCACGAAACCCUUCUGUGGUUCAGUUCUUUAUGCACUAAGGUUUUAGGUUAACUAGUGGUUAUAGUUGAACAUUUUAUAAACUAUGGUUAAUGUGAAGUUUCCCUUUAGUCACAGUUCAAUCUAUUAUUUAAAACCUAAGAAGCCCCUGAACCGGCAGGUCCUCCUGAAGGUGACAUGAGAGCAGCAGUGACUUGGCCCCACGAGCCCCCGGGUCCGGCGGCCUUGCCGUGCGGUGUUGCCAGCGUCCUUAAAACGCACUAACUCGGGAACGAGCAGCACACGCCUCUGCGUGGUCUGGAAGCAUUAUGAAAUACGUGGUUACAAAUCUGAUCUUAGUUACUAUAGCAAACGGAACAGGUUCUUUAUUAACCCUCCUUUAAAAUUUAAGAAUCUCAAGAUUAAAGUUGCCAAAUUGAUUCUGGGAUCAAGAACACAAUUUUGCCCCUGAAGACAGACAGCCCAAAGCCGCAGAGCUCUGCCAGGACUCAAAGGACACGAGACUCCUUUUGCUGGCUACACGGAGACGACAGAAAGGCCAACAGUGAAAUCCCAAGCUGCAGAACCCUCCUUCCUUUACCAGGCAACAGACAGCACCUUGAGUGUAGUUAUCUGUGGUAUCUGGGGUUUAUUUUCCAUGUCAUACCGAGUCAGAAUUUUUUCCUUAACAAAUGCCAACCUUAUGAUGCAUGGGAAGACCUAUGGCCAUGGCCUUGCAAACACCUUUCCACACUGCACGUGGGCUAACGGCUCACGUGAGGUCACAUGUCAGACGGACACACUUCUAGUCCCCGCGCCAUGCUGACAGGCCCCACUACCUGUGGCAGCGAUCUCACGCUAAGUCACCGCUGGUCUCAUGCCUGCAAACGUUAAGCCCCUGAGGGCCAGUGGUGAAGACCCAGACAUUAAAGAAUUAGGCACCCUGGCCAAACCAUCCCAAGAUUAUUUUGAAAAUGUAAUUCUGGCGUCUCUGCCCUCACCGAGGGCACAUGUACUUCUUGGGAUCCGGUGAAGAUGUGAAACCACAACGCCCUUGUGCCUUUUAUCACACACGCCACAGUGCCAGUCAGGCGGGCAUCCCCGAUGCCGGGGGGGGGGGGGGUGGGACUGGGCACACCCUCCGAUCGAGUAGAGGCCAGAGAGCUGACGAGCGCAGACUAGCUGCAGAGCACCGAGCAGAGAGGCUUCUGACGACGAAGGGGAGUCUGGCACACUGAGCUGCAGCGACGAGGACAGUGCAGGGUCACCAGAGGCGGGGCCAGGGCCUCACCGAGUUGGACGAGUGUCGCUGAGGCUGCACGGGGGCCCAGCAGUGGCACCGUGCUGCAGGGACAGCCAUCCCCACCGGCUUCUUGAAACACAGCUGCAGCUGUGCUCUGCACCACUGGAAACUGCAAUGUAGCAUUAAAUCUGUUGGUCUAUG